AAAAAUAACAAUAAACAAAAUAAAUACAAUUAAAUAACAAUAAACAAAUAAAUACAAUUUAAUUAUAGAAUUUGGUUGGUGAAUUAUUAUACAACUAGACGUUGCAUAAUUAAAUAUUCAAACCCUAUAUAACAUCAUCACACACUUUAUCUUGCCCUUGCAGUCACUCUACCUCUCACAAUUGUUUCCAAUUUCAUACCUUUAUCUUGCCCUUACUCUUCAAUUUCUUCUUUGAUCCAAUCCCUCAAACCCCUUCAAAAAUCCCAUUUUAAUUCCACCUUGAUCCCACUAAAUUCUGCUCAAUUCACGUGAUUUUGAUCACCAUUAGUUGUUAUUAUGACUUAUAAGGAGAACAGUGAUGUUGUUACGUUGAUAAAGAUCGCAAUUGAAGAACCCAGAGAUGAUUACGUGGCAUUGACCGAAACAGAGGAGUUGGGUGGUGGUUGUUGCGGCGGCGGUGGUGGUGGUUGUGGUGGGUUUUGGUGGUGGAUAAAGCUUGUGGUUGUGAUUAUCUUUGUGGGUUUUUGUGGGGUUUGUUUCUUUUUAUGGAUUGGACCUUUUUUGAUGAAUAAGGGGAUUAUUCCAGUAUUGAAUUGGGAAACAGAGACUUUUAGCAAACCACUGUUGACAGUUUUGGUAUUUGGUUCAGUGGCUUUGUUUCCAACAGUGUUUAUACCGUCUACUCCGUCGAUGUGGGUGGCCGGAAUGAGCUUCGGGUAUGGUUUCGGGUUCCUUCUGAUCAUCGGUGGAGUGACGAUCGGUGCUUCACUUCCUUAUUUUAUUGGGUCUCUCUUUUACCACAAGAUUCAAGGGUGGUUAGAAAGGUACCCGAAGAAGGCUUCAUUCUUGAAGUUAGCAGGUGAGGGAAACUGGUUUAACCAAUUUAGAGCGGUCGCCUUAUUGCGAAUAUCACCCUUCCCAUAUAUGGUCUACAAUUACAUUGCCGUAGCAACUGAUGUUAAAUUCGGUCCCUAUUUGUUGGGAACAUUAUUGGGAAUGGUGCCUGAGAUCUUCGUUGCAAUAUGCACGGGUAUAAUGAUCCGGACAUUGGCGGACGCUUCAGAUGAUCAACAGACGCUUUCCGUGCCACAGAUUAUUUGUACGGUUUUUGGGUUUGUGUUAACUGUUGUAACCACUGUGGUGGUUACGGUUUACUCUAAAAGACGGUUGAGUGACUUGCAGAAGGAUGAAGAACAGCUACUGCUGCAGUAAGAUGAUGAAGACAAACACAAAAACUAACAAAAUAAAGUGUUUUUUUUUUAUAAAUUAUUUGUACAUAAGUGUUGAACCAUAUCUUUGUUUUGUUUCUUGUUCCAAUUAUAAGUUUAUACCCUCUGGUAAGUUGUAUAUAAUUGAAAUAAUUCUUCCAUUUGUUAUCUUUUUCGGGUUUUUGAUGACCGAAAGAGGGAUGUAAUUACAUGUUUUUAGUCUUGGAAAUAA